UGAACACGUUUUUUACAAUACCUCAACAACCGAACACGACUCUUACUUGGUUGAGAACUGGGAUACAGAAACCCUUAUCGAUUUUUUGAAAGAACAGAACCUCAAGCUUGACGAUAAAAAACACUAUGACGUUCUCCGCAAUAGAGAAAUCGAUGGACAGGUCUUUAUCGACAUGAGCAAGGAAGAUUUUAUGCAAGCAGGGUUGGAAAUGGGACCGGCUAUGAAACUUGCAAAAGAGGCUAAGACCCUCAAAGAAAAGCCGAAGCGUGCGUUCUCCUCGUACAAAAGUUUGAAAGAAGUGUUGAAAAAUUAUGGUCUCGAAAGUGAGGGCACGGAUACCAUCCCGAUUUUUUCCCUACAAACCCACGAAAUUCAAGACACUGAUAAGCAUUUCGAACAUUGUAUGGAUAAUAUUUUGUUCAGGAUGAAGCACUAUGGUUCUUUGGUUUUAGAUAGCUUGGAAUCCAUGCGCAAUGAAUACGUUUCGACUAUACUUCAUACAUCCCUCCAUAUCGCAGGAGAUCUCACGAAGAAGGAAUUUAGUAUGAGGCCAGAGUUUGAAAUAAUCAGGGAAGAGAGUUCCGGGCGAGUCGAUUAUGCAAUAAAGGAGGCUGAGAACCUUAUUUGUGUGACAGAGGACAAGGUCCAGCGUAGUAUUCUCGAAGGCUUCGCCCAAAAUAUAAAGCAACUCGAAAGUUCGUACGAAACGAAUAAGAGAAAAAGAAAACGAGAUGGUGAUGAUGAUUUCGAUUAUCUCUAUGGUAUCAUCACCUCGGCCAGGGAUUGGCAUUUUUUGCUAUAUUCUCCGGGUGAAAUUUCUCAGGCGAGUGAAGUCCCCGUUACUAUCGAAUUUAACAAGAAGGCCUUGGAUAAAGACUCCGAGGAAUAUCAAACGUUGCGAAGUGGCGUGAAAAAGGUGUUGGGUGUAGUAGUAGGAUAGGGCAUGUGCAGAAGACGAUUCCCCCUCAAAGAAAAAGGCUAGAAUAGAGGAGUAUCGCUCGAAAAAAUAAUCAUGUAAAAUAGUCCGCCAUCAUUAGCAUAGAAACGUCAUGUAUCACGGGCACAGUCCCGAACUUUGUAUUUAUUUUUCGCAUGUAAUAAUAAAAAAUUUUUCUUGGC